GCACCCUGCCGGGUCGCACUCGCUACACUCGCCAUGUCCUACUCUCAGCGUGCCAAGAACGCGCCCACAGCAAAGGUCACUUCAAAGAGUGCGCAAAAGUCCGAGCAGCCUGCACACACCAAGCCUUUCAAGUUUGAAAACGAGAAAGGCCGGGUUGAAAAACAAGAGGAUGACUGGCGCCCGGGGAAGCGCAUGAACAUCACCGCCCAGGACACAGGCCGCAUCCAGAACAAGACCAUCGUGUCCACAGAAAGUCCAGAUUGGAUGAAGUCCUUCUUCGAAAAUAACCGUGCCUACUUUGAAAAGCAGGGCGUGGCACAGAAGCUGAAGAAGCAAGGUCCUCCAGGUGAAUCUCCGGCAGGUGUCCCGAGCUCCGCGAGAGAGAAAGGCAAAAAGCCUGGCACACAAAUGACUUGUGAUGAAACUGGCAUUCUCUUUUCUCAGACAGUGGGCUCAGCGAACAGCCCAGAUUGGAUGGACAACCCAUGGAAACCACCAGCUGCAGCACACACUCCCCGGCGAGUGGGUCAGAGAGCUGGAAUAGAUAGGCACACAGCGAAUCCCACCCCUCGGGCUAAGAGCGCCAACGAGAUGCAACAUCUCCUGGUCUCGGACAGCGUUCCACCAUGGAUGAAGAGCUCAACGGUGGUGGAGGCCAUGACCAAAGGUUGCGGUUCAGCGAGACGGACAGGAGAGCAGGACGACUCCAGGGCGGCCGGCGUGACCACGGAGCGCUUCUGGGAUGAGUCCUCCCGCAAUAAAGGAGGGAAUAUGAUUCAUCCCGUGACGGGCCGAGUGCUUCACAAAGCCCACCAAUCGGAUGAUUUUCCCUUGGAUUCUGGCCGAAACCAUCGGGCUGCCUUUGAGGAAACUAUGCGUCAAAGGCCUCAAUCUGCUCGAGCUCAAGGGCCUCACUAUGCUGGUGACCGAUCAAAGGAGUUCCGUGACAAGGCAAAGGGAGCUGUCGUCGAUCAGCUCACUGGAAAGGUAGCGAACAGCUCUAUCGUGUCGCCGGAGAGUCCCCAGUGGAUGAAAGAGCCUUUUGAAAACAAUCGCCAAUACUUUCAGAACAAGGGUGUUGCUCAGAAGCUGCGGGCCUUGUCGGCAGAGGAGCUCCGGGACACCGGCUUCAUCGCCGGGCGGCCCGUUCCUGUGCGAGCGCGACAGGUACACAAGCAGAUCACCAAUGAGGCUGGAAGAGUUCAGAAUAUGAGCAUCGUGUCCAGAACUGCUCCGGAUUGGAUGAAGUCGCCUUUCGAAUCCAACCGGACAUACUUCGAGAACGCCGGCAUUGCACAGAGCAAGGAGUUGCCUCGUUCCAGAUCUGCUCCGCCCUCCAAGUCCCCGGCGGCUUCACCGGAACCGCUGGAGGCACCGCCGCUGCUGGUGGACGAGUCUCCUGGCGGCCCUGGCGGCUACGGUGCCAUCGGUGCCUUGGAAAAGGCCAAGGAGACGGAAGCCAAACCGGCCAAGGGCGUUCCAUGCCACGCGGAGCAGCGGAGCGAGCGGCGCCGCAAGAGUGCUUCAGAAGUUUCCAGCACGUCUCGGAGGAGCAGCAGUGCGGCGAGUGCCACGUACUCUGCACGUCAUCAGAAGUCACGGACUCGAUCCCUGAGCUCUGUGAAUGGACCGCGAGGCUGAGGCAAGCGCUCUCCAGCAAUCGCUGCGUUUGAUCCAGCAACUCUGCCCAAUGGUUUUUCUCCCAGUGAGCUUGUUCUCUGAAGCGUUGGGUUUGGCCCCCCUCCACAACGGUGCCACGGUGCC